CUUCAUUAACAUCUAACCUUUGUGCCCAUUCUCUUUUUUUAAAUUAAAAUCUCUUCAACAACACAAUAUGUUGUUUCCUCCCCUACUUGUUUUUGCUUCCAUAUUCAGUGCUUGCUGUCUUGCAACUUCAACUUUAGGAGCUACACUUGCAAAAGAUGAAGUGGAAGCUUUGAAAAGCAUAGGUAAAACAUUGGGGAAGACAAACUGGAACUUUAAUAUCGAUCCAUGCAGUAGCAGAGAUGAGAGUUGGGCAAAAUUUGCAAAAAAAGGUGCUUAUUAUGUUAAUAAUGUCACCUGUAAUUGCAGUUCCUCCCCCUGCCAUAUCGUUCGCAUAGCGCUGAAGGGACAAAAUCUAUCGGGCACUCUCCCACCACAGUUGACCAGACUCGCUUACCUCCAAGACAUUGAUCUCUCUCGCAAUUAUCUUAGUGGCCACAUUCCUCCUCAAUGGGGUUCUAUGCAGCAACUUUUUAAAAUACAAAUAAACACAAUAUUGCAGUUGCCUUCUUGGAAAUCGUUUAACAGGUUUAAUCCCAGAGGAGCUGGCAAACAUGAGCAGUCUCACCAGCUUAGUCCUUGAGCACAAUAACUUCUCAGGAAAUUUGCCUGUUGCACUGGGGAAUCUACCAAAACUUGAGAGCCUGCUUCUUAAUUCCAACAAUUUUACUGGUGAAUUGCCUGAAACAUUUGCUAGGCUGACUACAUUGAAGAUUUUCCGGAUCGGUGAUAACAACUUCACAGAAAAGAUUCCCGGUUUUAUUUUCCAGAAUUGGACAAACCUUAAGGAUAUACGUAUUGUCGCAAGUGGUUUGAGUGGACCAGUUCCAGACAUUGGUCCUUCGGGAAACUUAGAAUCUAUGACAUUGAGUAGCUGCAAUAUCAUUGGAAAGCUACCUACUUCUCUUGAAAAUAUGUCAGAGUUGGAUAUCUUAGAUCUCAGCUUCAACAAACUCAGUGGAGAAAUUGAAAUUUCUCUUCCAGAAGUGAGACAAUUGUUUUUAACUGGAAACAUGUUUACUGGAGCAAUCCCUCAAUGGAUUCUUAGUACAAAUAAAAAAAUGUGAAAUUUGUUGGGUAUGGGUCCCACUAUAUGGGAAACUCAUAUUUUCUGCCACAAUGUUUUGUCUUUCUCUGAUUUUGUCAAAAGCCAAUUUUUUUUGGCUUUUUAUGUGUGGGAUGUGGGCAGCCUUUCUAUUAUUAUUGAGUGUCAAAUUCUCAAUUUAAAAGAAGAGAAAAAUAGAGAGUGAGAUUGAAGCUCGUUGGAGAAAAAGAGAGAAUAGAAAAAUCAGUUUUUCAAGCUUGGUGCAGCAGUGAUCAACUCUUCGAUCGAAAGUCCAUCCGUGGUUCGAUUGAGCUAAUUUUUGGACAGCAGCUAGGCGAUAAGGUUUUCUUGACUUUGUACGGUCGGAUUUUUCAUCUGAGUCUUGUAGCCUCGGAAAUACCCGUUUUUCAGCAGCUACGUUUUUGGUGAUGUUCUCUCAAUUUUCUCUCUUUUGCUAAAGAUUACAUAUUGUUAGCCUUGUCGGAGUUGAAUGCUUGUUGUAGGCUUGAUAUUGUGAUCUUGUAGUCGAACAUUUGAUGAUAGUGGAGCUCUUUAUCGGACUCUAAAGUCCCGUGGUUUUUACCCUUGAUUUAGAGGGGUUUUCCAUGUAAAAAUAUCGGUGUUUCUAUUUAUUUUUGUUGUGGUUGCAUUA